AUGGGAUCCCAGCCGCCGGCCUCCCGCGUGGCCCUGGAGCCCCUCGCAACGCUCGACCCCGCCGCGCUCGCCGGCCUCCCCGUCUCCUCCCCGCUCACCGUCCGCUCCGCCGCGCUCUCCGGCCACCUGCUCUACCUCGGCACCGGCGGCGGCAAGCUGCUCCUCUUCUCCCUCCAGGAUCCCUCCACCCCCGAGUUCCUCCGCCUCCUCCCCAUCGGCGCCACGCUUCCUGUCUCCGCCAUCGUCCCGCUCCCCUCCGUCGCUCGCCUCCUCGUCCUCGCCGACGGUCUCCUGCUCCUCGCGGACCCGCUCCUCUCCCGCCCCGUCCGCCGCCUCGGCUCCCUGCGCAACGUCGCGGCCGUCGCCGCCCGCCGCGUCGACCCCGCCGACCCAUCAUCAUGCUCCGUCGCCAUCUCCGUCGGGAAGAAGCUGCUCCGGGUCGACUUCACGCUGCACGACGCCGACGAGCUGGAUGUGCAGACGCGCGAGAUCGCCUCUGUCGAGGGGGUCAAGGCGCUCGCUUGGGUCGACGACUCUGUCUUCGUUGCCACCGCCACUGGGUACUCCCUCUACUCGAGCACCACUGGCCAGGUUGUGGACAUAUUCUCGCUCCCAGAAUCCUCCGGUCACCCGAGGGUGAAGCCGCUCUCUGGAGGUGACGAGGUGAUGCUCCUGGUCGACAAUGUCGGUGUUGUGGUCGACAGAUUUGGCCAACCGGUUGGAAGCAGCUUGGUGUUCAGCACCACGCCCGACUGCAUAGCCGAGGUGUUCCCCUAUGUGAUUGUUGCUGGGGACUCCAAGGUCGAUGUGUACAGGAGGAGAAACGCUGCACACCUACAGACCAUUCCGGUUGCCAGAACUGGUCAAGGCGUUUUGAUUGUGGCUAGCGAUGAUGAUGGGAUCGGCACGGAGCUAGUUGUGAUCACUACGACUUAUAAGGUUUUUUGCUACCGUAAAGUAUCUGCAGUGGAGCAGAUUAAGGCAUCUUUACGAAGAAAGAACUACAAGGAAGCUAUUUCUUUAUUAGAAGAGUUUGAGUCAGAUGGUGCCAAGAAAGCGGUAUUGGGGUUUGCAUCCACCCCUAAGCCCCUUGAAGAAGUUAUUGAUGAUGGUCUGGUAGCAGUUCAACAGGCAUUGUUUCUGAAAAAGGCAGGUGUGGAUACAAUUGUGGAUGAAGAUUUCCUUUCAAAUCCACCAAGUAGAGCUGAUCUUUUGGAACUAGCAAUCAGAAAUAUUAUCAGGUACCUUUGUGCAUCGCGGAUGAAGAAUUUAUCUUCUCCAGAGAUGGAAGGAGUUGAUACUCUUCUGAUGUAUCUUUAUAGAGCACUUCAUCUUGUUGAUGACAUGGAGAAGCUUGCAUCAUCUCAGAAUAGUUGUAUUGUGGAUGAACUAGAAUCCCUUUUGGAUGACUCUGGACAUUUACGGACACUUGCUUUCUUGUAUGGCAGUAAAGGAAUGUGCUCCAAAGCUCUUUCUAUAUGGCGUAUACUGGCAAGGAAUUAUAGCACAGGUUUGUGGAAGGAUCUGUCUGAGAAUGGUUCCUGUGGAACUUUGGUUGGCAAAAGGUCUGGCGAGGAAAUUGCCGCUAUAGAAGCAGCCAAGAUCCUCAAAGAAUUGUCUGAUGAGGACCUUGUUCUGGAACAUCUUGGAUGGGUGGCAGACAUUGAUCAAGAUCUAGCGAUUGCAGUUUUAACAUCUGAGACGAGGGAAAAUCAACUCUCACCAGAAAAGGUUGUCGCUGCUGUUGAUGCUGAAAAGGUUGUGAUCCAUCAAAGAUAUCUGCAGUGGUUGAUUGAGGAUCAGGGCUGCGAUGACCCUCACUAUCACACAUCAUAUGCUCUUUCACUGGCUAAAUCUGCGAUUGAAGCAAUUGAUAUGGAGUCUAAAUAUAGAGGGAAAGACAAUAGUGAAAUUGAUUCUGAUGCACAAUUUAUUUAUUUAUUAAGAGAGAGCUUGCAAUUGUUUCUGCAAGCUUCAGACCUGUAUGAUCCAGAAGAUGUGCUCGAUGUGAUAGCAGAAUCUGAGCUAUGGCUGGAAAAGGCAAUACUGUAUAGGAAAAUGGGCCAAGAGAAUAUUGUACUUCAGAUACUAGCAUUGAAGCUGGAGGAUAGUGAAGCUGCUGAGCAGUAUUGUGCUGAGAUUGGUCGAGAUGAUGCCUAUAUUCAGCUUUUGGGUUUGUAUUUGGAUCCUCAAAACGGGAAGGAGCCUAUGUUUACAGCAGCUGUACGACUUCUUCAUAAUCAUGGUGAAUCUUUGGACCCCAUACAAGUAUUGGAGAGAUUAUCUCCUGAUAUGCCUCUUCAGCUAGCAUCAGAUACAAUUUUACGGAUGCUGAGGGCCCGAGUGCACCAUCAUCGCCAAGGGCAGAUAGUCCACAAUUUAUCACGGGCGACAAACCUAGACGUGCAUUUAACGAGACUGGAGGAGAGAUCGAGGCAUGUGCAGCUAACCGACGAGAGUAUCUGCGAUUCAUGUAGAGCUCGCCUCGGCACCAAGCUGUUUGCGAUGUACCCUGACGACUCGGUUGUUUGCUACAGGUGCUAUCGAUCCCAGCAAGGUGAUUCCUCAUCAGGGCGUGGCCGUAGCUUGAGGAAAGAUGUUAUAUUCAAACAGAGCUGGCUUGUCAGUAGAUAG